AUGCUCGUUUUAUUCUGCGACGAUAUUCUCUUAGCUGAAUUAUUUGGAAUGCGUUUGUUAGAAACAGCUGUAAUUGGGUUCACUAGUGCUAUAUCAGUAAUAGCCGGAGAAGGUGCUAUUACUGGGUCGGUGGUUGAUGGUGCUCCGCAAUUCGAAAUCCUUAUUCCUGGCGACUUUACUCCAGCUGGUAUCCAUGCGUCUACAAACGAAAACUUCAGUUGGGCGGAUGGUGUGACUGUCGACAUCGAUAGAACUGAAAUCGGGAGUGAUUAUUACACUACAGCAUUUGGAUUGUGGUAUUACAAGUUUAUCAGAUUCACUGCUUCUUUAAAGCAAGAGCAAACUGCCACAAUGACAUUCAAUGCCAUCAUCACAAGUGGUGUUACUGAAUACGCUCCAAUGAUUUUGGCUGUCCUGACUAUUGAUGCUACCAAUUCAGUUAAGACAACCCUUACCUAUACCACUACACUUACUAUUGCUGAGGAGGUUUUCAGUUCUGCAGAUCCAAUGCCCACACCCGAUUCCUCAGGAUACAUUGUUGAUGGCACCCCAUACUUUGAAAUUACUAUUCCUGAUUGGUUCACUCCAGUUGGCAUACACGCAUCUACAAAUGAAAUAUUCAGUUGGGCGGAUGGUUUGACUGCCGACGUCCAUGGUAAGGACAUUGACAGUGAUUAUUAUACAUCUUCAGUUAGUUUAUGGUAUUACAAGUUCAUCAGGUUUACUGGUAGUUUGGAGGCGGGUGAAAGUGCCACAAUCACAUUCUCUGCUAUUCCCACGGAUACUGUGACUGAAUAUGCUCCAACCAUCUUGGCUGUCCUGACUAUUGAUGCGACAAACUCUAUUAAGACAACGGUCACAUACCUUCCUGUUAUUUUCCUAACUGAAGAUGCUAAAAGCUCUGACGUAGUCUCUUUAACUUCAUCCUCUGCUAUUACAUCUGAGGCAGUUAGCUCUACUGAAGCUAUUAGCAAAACCGAAGCUGUUAGCUCGACAGAAAAUACAAGGUCAACAAAAAUUACUUCAGAUGCUUCUACUUCAACUAAUUCUGCUCUUUCUGUGCCAACGGUGUUUGGUGGUAAGUUUUCCGAUGCUCCAGAAUUCACAAUAAAGGUUCCCGCUGAAUUUAGCCCGUUCGAUGUUCAUGCCUCAACCUCUGAAACUUUUACUUGGUCUGAUGUAUUGGAUGCUUCAGUUGAUGGAAAACCUACAUCAACCACCACAAUUGUUUCACUCUGGUACUACAAAUAUUUCAAGUUUACUACUGCUUACUCUGAUAAUCUGGUUGGAAGUGUCGUUUUGAGCGGUGUUUCCAAUGGUGCGGGAGAAUACACUGCAACCUUUUUUAUUGUUGCCAACGCUACACAAGCGCCUGGGUUUGUUAAGAGAGAUGGUGAAACUUAUACGGUUACUGCAACUGCAACUGUUGUUGAAGAAUCAGAGUUUAGCGAUGUUUCACUGACUACUAUCAAUACUGAGUCUUCUGAAAUCAGGUUUUUGCCUACUCCUAAAGCAACCUCUAAAACAACGUAUGCGACUACUUCUAAGGCAACUUCUGCAACAACCGCUGGUGAAACAGGUAAGUCAAAACCAGAUUUGUUCUCAUCCGCCAGAUUCGCAAACUCAACCAACCCAGAGUCCGCUUCUAUUUCUACAAAGUUCAGUGGCAAUAGCGCAUCUAGUGAGGUUACUCUCACAACUACGGGUGCCUCUAUUGUUGUAUACACAACAACCAAGUGCCAAGGUAAGUGUUCUAUUGGCGUCACUUCUGGUGUGGUGAACAAGAUUACUACAAAGGACGAAGCAGGUAAAACAGUAACUAUUGAUACCACAAUGCCAUGCGAAACCACAUCAACAAGUGAACCAGUUGUUAGCACCACCUUGGAGGGGAGGAAACACACUUCUGAUAAAACUGAAGGCGCUAUUACUAAUAUCAUUAGUAAGGUCUUAUCAACUGGUAUAUCCACAGUUGUAUCCACAGUUGUAUCCACUUCUGAAAGUGCUCCUACAACUGAUGCUUCAAUCUCAACAUUUGAAGGCUCUGGAACCAAGGGUGCAAUUUCCAUUGUAAGUGCUCUUGUCGUUUUUGUUGCCAUUUUGAUGUAA